AGUUGCCACCACAACUACCACACCAGCAACAACUACAAUUCCUGCAACAACUACAACAGCAGCCACAACUACAUCCCCAGCCACCACAACUACGACACCAAUCCAAACAACUACAACUCCAACAACAACUACAACACCAGAAACAACAACUACAUUGGCCACAUCUACGACACCAGUCCAAACAACUACCACAGCAGCCACAACAACUACCACACCAGCAAUAACAGCUACAACACCAGGCACAUCAAUUACAACACCAGCAAUAACUAUUACCACAACAGCCAUCACAACUACGGCACCAGUCAUAUCUACAAAAACACCAGCUACAAUAACAACCACUACCCCAGCAACAACAACAACUACAAUACCUGGCACCACGACUACUAUGCAAUCUACGAUGACAACUACAUCACCAGGCACAACAACUACAACACCAGGCACAACUACUCCAACACCAGUAACAACAACUAGAACCACGGCUGCAGCAACAACAACACCAGCCCCAACAGCACAGGCAACAGCCUCAACAACUCUUACAGCAACAACUACAACCCAAGCCCAAACCACACCAACUACUAUUGUGACCACAGCCGUAGUGCCAAUAACAGAGACCACUGCAGCAAGUGCAACUACGACUGCCACCCCCACACUGUCAACCACUGCUGGGACAACAGCCCCAACUUCAGCCCUUACUAGUGAGGCAAUAACCCCAGCCCCUGAAUAUGUUAUUUCAGCAGACCUCAAAGACGUGCCAUAUACAGAUGCUUACAAUGACACAAGUAGCACUGAAUUCCAAGAACUUGCACAAAAGCUUAUAGGGCCAUGUAAUGCUGAAUACAGGAAAAAAUAUCCUUCAAAGUUUAGCAAAUGCCGUGUGAAAAGCUUCAGACCUAUUACUGUUCGAGAAACUGGAGUUCAGGCAGAAAUGGGGAUUGUAUUCAACUCAAAUGUCUCUACUUCAGAGCUUCCAAAGAACUCUGCCAUUGCUCAGACUUUUGCAGAUGCUGCCAACAAUACCAAUUCUACAUUGAGCACGUUAAUAGAGCCAAACUCAGUUUCAAUAACAGCGGGUCCAGUUCCUACAACCACAAAUGCUCCAUCUGCGACAACCCUUGCACCGACAGCAGUAACACCUGCAAUUACAACUACUACUACUACAACUGCUGCAGCUACAAUAACUAAGCGACUAGUAUUCAGAUCUAUUACGAACACAUUUACAACUGACUUGUUGGAUUCAACAUCUUCUGCAUUCAAACAACGUAAAUCUAUGAUUACUGAACAGCUUACACCUUUCUUCAGGGAAUUUCGGUCUUUUCGUGGCUUGGAAGUACUGGCAUUCGCAAAUGGAUCAGUCGUCAACUUUCUAAAUGCUCAGUUCUUAAGCUCAUCUGCUCCGAACAACUCUCAGAUUGCAAGUGUUUUGAUAAAUGCAGCUCAAAACGUCACUGGUUUUGACAUUGAAACCAGCUCCAUCAUCAUUGAUGGCAUAUCUUCAAGUGGGGUAAGCCAAAACAUCAGCCUCAUCACUGCAUUCUUCCUGGUGCUUUUAUCAAGGCUACUGUCAAAUCAGCAAUAGCAUUUAUGCUGAUUCGCUUUUGACUUGUUAUGAGUAUAUGACUGCCAUUGUUGGAAUGAAAAGGAAUCCAAAAGUAGUGCCCGUUUUGUGGCUGACACAUCUUGUAAUCUCACCACCAUGUUCAACUUUGCACUGGUCAGACACUUUAAUGACAGCGGAUUGGAGAUAUCAUUCAAAGUGACUAUAUUUCUGAGUGGAAACGUCAAGGAUCAUGAACAGAAUUACAAAGCCAACUUCAAGCUUUUGUUGCACCAAAUUAUUACUGUAAUAAGUAAUUAAAAUAAUAUAUACUACUACAAUGGUAUUUAAAACACUGGGGUGUUGGAAAAUAUCUGUAUGGUUAGACAUUUAAACUUGCUUUAUUGAAUACAAAUUCAUACACAAAUGUAUUUAUUGUUUUCAAAGGCAUGCAAAAUAUAUGGUCAGGUUUUACUUUACUAGCAGCUGCAGAGUCAGUAUAUUGUUGUAAAGGGAAAAAUGCAUCUAAAUGUUGUUUAUUCAAGUAUGUGUAAUAUUAAUUAUUUAUACAAAAAUAGCUGUAUACUGUGAGACCUCCUGUGAUGUUAACAGUUUCUGUCAGAAAAUGUACAAUGAUCAGAAUACAACAUAUUUUAAGUGAAAAUCA